AUGAUGAGGACCCAGUGCCAAACCCCCGUUGCUCAGCGCGGAGCCUCCAGCAGCUUGCACAGCCUCAGCAGCAGCGCCAUGAGUCCACUCAGCACUGCAAGCCUCGCCCUCGCACUCCUCCUCAUCCUAGCGAUCCCAGUCUGCAAAAGUGCUCCAGUUGAACUUCAACAAGCCAAAGUAGAUCAGAACCAGCUACUCAGCCAGAUAGAUGAUAUGUGCUCAUCCUACCUCUCUGCAGACCUGCCAUUUCAGGCACCUGAUGUCUUAAGAGAAAUCUGUUUCUUGAUGCUUGUUCAGAAAUCAAAGGACUUGAAAGCACGAGAAAAUAGUAAAAGGUCCUCUGUGUUGCACCCUCUACUGCAGCUAGUCCCUCAACUCCACACUCGAAGAGAGAGAGGAGUCUCAGUGCGCGCUGAUCUCCAGGGACCAGGGGGAAUCCAGAGCAGAGGGUACUUCUUAUAUCGGCCAAGAAAUGGAAGAAGAUCCUUAGAAUAUGAUUAA